AUGGCGAGACCGUUGCUCUGGCUCGCGCUCCUGUGCGGCGCCUCCCUGACGUUCGCCACCACCUGCGCCGGCAUCCGCCUGGAGCUCACCCACGUCGACGCCAAGGAGAACUGCACGGCGGAGGAGCGCAUGCGCCGCGCCGCCGAGCGCACCCACCGCCGGCUGGCGUCCAUGGGCGGCGGGGUGACCGCGCCCGUCCGCUGGGGCGGCGCGUCGCAGCACAUCGCCGAGUACCUCAUCGGCACCCCGCCGCAGCGCGCCGAGGCCAUCGUCGACACCGGCAGCAACCUCGUCUGGACGCAGUGCUCGCUCUGCCGCCCCGCCGGCUGCUUCCGGCAGAGCCUCCCUUACUACGACCCCUCCCGGUCGCGCACCGACCGCGCCGUGGCCUGCGUUGACGCCGCGUGCGCCCUGGGCUUCGAGACCCGGUGCGGGCGCGACGGCAGGACGUGCGCCGUCGACACCGGCUACGGCGGCGGCGACAUCUCCGGCGUCCUCGGCACCGAGGCGUUCACGUUCCAGUCGGAGGAGACGGUGAGCCUCGCUUUCGGAUGCGUCACGGCGAGCAGGCUCGUGCGCGGGUUCCUGAACGGCGUGUCCGGCAUCAUCGGGCUCGGCCGCGGCGCGCUGUCGCUCGUCUCCCAGCUCGGCGCCACCAGGUUCUCCUUUCUUAACAUCUCCUACUGCCUCACGCCGUACCUCCGCGGCACCAUCAGCACGAGCCACCUGUUCGUCGGCGCGGCCGGCGGCGGCCUGGACGCCGGCGGCGGCGCCGCCCCGGUUACGACCGUGCCGUUCGCCGAGAACCCCAGGGAAGCGCCCUUCAGCACGUUCUACUACCUGCCCCUGGUCGGGUUGUCGGUGGGCGACGCCAGGCUCGCCGUCCCCGCGACGGCGUUCGCGCUCCGGCAGGUCGCGCCCGGGGUGUGGGCCGGCGGCGCGCUGAUCGACUCCGGCGCCCCGUUCACGCUGCUCGUCGACGCGGCGUACCGCGCGGUGAGGGCGGAGCUGGUGCGGCAGCUGGGCGGCGGCGUCGUGCCCCCGCGCACCGAGGGGUGGGACCUGUGCGUGGCGCGCGGGGACGCCGGCAGGCUGGUGCCGCCGCUGGUGCUGCACUUCGGCGGCAGCGGCGGCGGGGACCUGGUGGUGCCGCCGGAGAACUACUGGGGCCCCGCGGACGACGCCACGGACUGCAUGGCGCUGCUGAGCUCGGAGGCUCUCAACGCGACGACGCUGCCGCUGAUGAAGGAGACGACCAUCAUCGGCAACUACAUGCAGCAGGACAUGCACCUGCUGUACGACCUCGACAAGGGCGUGCUCUCCUUCCAGCCGGCGGACUGCAGCAGCGUGUGA